CUCUCUCUCUCUCUCUCCUGCCUCUACUGUCCUCGAAUCGGGUAAGAAAAAACACCCAUAUAUCAAAAACCACAUAUCUCUCUCUCUCUCUCUCUCUCUCUCUCUCUCUCUCUCUCUCUCUCCUCUUCAAUCUGCUCUCCUCCUUGACUGCUAUAAGCAAAAACACCACACGUAUUAAAAAACCCACAUCAGUUCAUCCAUCCCUCCAUACACAAUGCUUAAACCAUCUUGAACUCAUGUAUGUCAUCUGCAUCUGAUGCAAAAACCCCACAGACAUCAAAUGCCCAUAAUCCCAGAACCCGACAUCAUAUCUUGCACACAUACAUGCAUGCACCAGCUCAAAGAUAUCAAAUACUUGUGUGCCACUUGCAUUUGAUGCAAAUAAUAAUAAUAAUAAAAAAACCAUAAACCCACAUCAGCACAACCAUCUUGAAUACAUGUAUGAUCAUCAGAUGCACAAAACCCAUCACCAGGAAAACCCGACAUGCCUAAGACCAACAUCAUGCCAUGCAUACAUACAUGAGCUCAGCUACUUGCAUUACAUGUCUAAUGUCUGCAUCUGGUACCAAGAACCCAUAAAUCCCAAAGUCAACAUCAUGCAUGCAAUUGAGCGAAAAAACCCACAUCAUGAUGUACACACAUAAAUCCAAAAUCCACAUCAUGAUGCACACACAUAAACCCAAAAUCCACAUCAUGAUGCACAUACCUGCAUAAUCCCACCCAUCUUUAUCAUAUGCCUAUUGUCUGCAUAAAAAUCAAUUGAGAAAAAAAUCCACAUCAUGCAUACAUACAUAAGCUCAACCAUGGGCUUUCGGAACAAAGGGUCCUUCUAUUUCAAUGAUUUAUACUGUUUGAAUGAAAGGACAGAGUGUCCUUAUUCUUGUGGCGGCCCACUUUCCAUCCAUGGGUUCUCUGUGAACCCUAGGAUUUUGUAUGGGUUGAGGCAGUCCACUCUCAUACAGUGGUCAGCUUCUAGAAGGUUGAUAUUGGGCAGGAAUUAUGGAAAUGGGUAUUGCCGAUUGGCGGCAGCAGCGGCGGCCUGCAAUCGUGAACGGGGUUUCCAGGUUAUCCACCCUUUGAAGGAGCGGAGGAGGGAGAGGAGGAUUGCUUGCAUGGUUUGGGAGAAUGAUGGGUUCGAUUCGUGUAGCAAUGGGAGUGUUGAGGAAAUGCUUAGUUUGAUGACAGAUGUCAUCGGCAGGGAUCCCAGAGAGAGAAGUGGUAGAUUGCCAGCAAAGAGCUCGACAAAGACUGGUGUUCAGAGAUGCUGUGUUUGUGAGAAGGAGAAGGAAGUCAGAGUCGAUGACUCUUCAAGAAGAGAAGAGAAGUAUGUAGAGUCCAGUUCUUGGGGAAGGAAGUCGAAGGGUGAGAUAAAGAUUCAGCCAGAAGAAGGAUAUAGGCUGUCUAGAAGGGAGGAUUCUUUGAGGGAUGAUAGUCACAAGGUAAGGAAAGGCAGAUCUAGUUCUUCAUACUAUUCGGCAUUGUCGUCAGGUGAUUUUGAAAGCAAUGUGGAUGAGCGUAUCCGUGUUAAACAGGGGAAAGCUGUUGGAUCGUCUUUGAGCGGGGAUACAAACCAUACUAGACGGGUGAGAAUGGGCAUCUGUGGGGAGGAUAUUAAACAAAUUCAAGAGUAUAGUGAUGACAGACGCCUUGUGGAAAGCUCGACAGAGAGAAAUGCAGCAAGAGAGUCCAUGAAACAGUAUGAUAGACUGAGACCGGAUGUAAUGGAGAGUGAUACUGAAUGGGGUUCGAUAAAGGAGUCAGAGAAGUUUACUGAAAUAUCCAAGUCACAGGAGAGUGACAUCCAAAGGGCUUCCACAAGUGAAAACCGCUCCAAAAUGAGAAUGGAGGAUGGAGAAGAGUAUAGAGAUGAUAGAUGCUAUGUGGAAAGCUCAACAAAGAGAAUUGCUCCGGGGGAGUCCAUGGCGCAGGAUGAUAGAUUGAGAUCGGAUGUGAUGGAGAGUGACAUUGAACGGGGUUCGAUAAAGGUGUUGGAGAAGGAUACUGGAAUAUCUUGGUCACGGGAUAGCGGCAUCCAAAGGGCUUCCAGUAGUGAAAACCUCUCCAAAAUGAAAAUUGAGGAUGGAGAACACAUUUCGAUUUCUUCUGUGAACUUGGUUCGUGGAGAAAGAGAGCAAGUUACUCAUAAAGAUCAACGAGUCACUAGACAAAAAGAAUCAAGGAAAGAGUCCCGGACACUCAACAGAAUAUCCGAUUUCCGUGAGGAUGAUAUUGAAAGGAUCUCUAAUUCUCAAGAGCAAUUUAACACAAGAAUACAAUACAGAGAAGAGGAUACAAGAUCUGAUAUGAAUUUGAUUGGGGAAGAAAGGAUGCAACACAGGAGAACAGACCAACAAGUCAUCGGACAAACCGGAUCAAGAAAGAAGUCCCAGAAUCUCACAGAAGUAUCGGAAAUCCAUGAUAUCGAUAUUGAAAGGGCCUCCAGUUCGCAAAGGGUUUACAAAACUAGAAUGACUGAUAGAGAAGAAAACUCAGCUUUAGUUCUGAAUUCAGUUCAGGAAGUGAGACAGCAAGGCACUCGAACGGAUCAGCAAGCUGUCAGACAAACCCAAUUAAGAAAAGAGUCUCAAGAGCUUAAUAUAUCCGGGUCGCAUUCAAGUGGUACUGAAAGGUCGAGCAGUUCCAAUAGGGUUUCUGAAACGAGAAUAAAUGAUCAAGAAGAGAGUUUGACUUCACUCAUGAAUCUGGUUCAAGAAGAUAGAACACAACAAUACCAAACAGACGAACAAGUAAUCAGGCAGCGUGGGUCGAGAAAACAAUCCUAUACCAACAUAUCAGAGACCCACGAGAGCAAUAUCGAAAGGGCCUCUUCCAGUUCCCAAAUGCUACAAAAAAUGAGAACCAAGGACCAAGUGGAAAGUUCAUCGUCUGGGCUGUAUUCAGCUCACGGAGCAAGACGAAGGCCAAUGGGCAUGCAGAUCGAAGAGAAUAGAAAUUCGCUUGUGAUGGUGACACCACCACAAUCUCAGUUAGUAUCUAGAGUUUCGGUGAAGGAGGCUUUUAAUGAGAGUAUGGUGGGUAGCUCUAGCAGUUCACAUGCACAUCAACAAGGAAAAAUUCCGGCUUCUCUCCAUGAGUUAGAUGAUAGAACGAGAAGAGAUGAUAUAUCCGAUGAUGCACUAGGCUCCGUCGAUCGUUUGGAAAGGUCCUCCGCUCAAUUUGUUGGUGAGUUUGUAGACAAGCUACAGCAGGAAGCAUCAGCUUCACAAAAAUUGUCUCUGAUAUCCAAACAUACUUCUGAAAUCCAGAAGGAUUCAAGGCGAUUAUCUGCCAAGUCCGGGACAAAGGGACCAUCGGAUGAAAUGUGGGAUGUUGCGGGCCCGUCUUCUCAAGAGCCUUCUGUGGCAGAAGCACCUGAGAAGGGCUCUUCGGCGGCAUUACCUGUGGAGUUGGCUGCACUUACGAGUGCUGGAAACACAGUUGUUAGGAGAUCCAGCCGUUCCUUUUGGAGUUACAUUGCCGAUAUAGUUCGAAAAGGUUGGGGUGCACGCACUGAAUCUCAUACUUCCCCUGUGAAGUCAGGCGUACAGAGUUCAUCGAAUGAAUCUUUAAACAGCGAGGCUUAUUUUUCUGGCCAUGAACCAGAUAACGAUGACGAUGAGAAUGUCAAAAAGGGAAGAAAAGGCAUGCCAAAAGAACCGUCACUGGCAAAAGAUUCUUCUGGUCAACCAAGUCAAAGGACUGGUCUGACUCAAAUCCAAGAAGCAUCUGAAGCGAUGAGUUCCCAGGACAAAAUAACACACGUCAAAGCCGAUGCGUCGACCUCAACGGGCAUUUUACAAAGACGUCCUGCAUUAAGAGGUGCCGCUUCUGCAUCUGGAAAAGGAGACAGGCAGAUUGAGCUUGAAAAGGGGAAACAACAUAUCCCUUCUAGUGUGGGGGCCUUAGAUUCUUCAUCACCCUUGGUGGGCCACCCAUCAUCAUCUACAGGACACUUACAAGCUGUUACUGACAAAGGAGAAAUAUUGGAAACUGGUAUAGUUGAGGGGUCUGGCUUCAUGGAAGUAGAGGAAGGACCCACGAGAGAGAGGAUCACCAAAGCUUCUAGGACAGAGGGAAUAGAAGAGGAACCAAAGCAAAGGAAGCUUCAGCGGAAUAAGCAAGUCUUGAGAGAGAGAUUUGAUGAGUGGGAAGAAGCAUUUAAACUUGAACAUGAGCAGAGGAAAACUGAUGAAAUGUUUAUGAGGGAAGCGCUGUUGGAAGCCAAGAAAGCCGCAGAUACUUGGGAGGUCCCGGUUGGUGCUGUGCUGGUACAGAAUGGGAAAAUCAUUGCUCGAGGCUGCAAUCUGGUGGAGGAAUUAAGAGAUUCAACUGCGCAUGCUGAAAUGAUUUGUAUACGAGGGGCCUCUAACUUACUCCGGACUUGGCGCCUUGCGGAAACGACACUUUAUGUGACGCUUGAACCAUGUCCGAUGUGUGCUGGAGCAAUUCUUCAAGCUAGAAUUGAUACUGUGGUAUGGGGUGCUCCUAAUAAACUUCUAGGGGCUGAUGGCAGUUGGGUUAGCCUUUUUCCUGGCGGCGAAGAAGGAAGAAGCGGUCCAAUCCACCCAUUCCAUCCAAAGAUGACGAUCCGGCGUGGGAUCCUAGCAACUGAUUGUGCAGAUGUAAUGCAGCAGUUCUUCCAGCUGAGGAGGAAAAAGAAUAAGAAACCCGAGUCGCUGCCUUCGCGCAUGCCCGUUUCAAACUUGCCGUCGAAAUUCUUCUCUAAGGUGCAUGAUGCUUUCAGCAUGAUGUUCUGCUUGUAGCUGUCCAAUGAUGGCGCAGGGUCAAAACUGUAAGAUUAUGCUUUCCAGUUUUUCACUUGAGGGAAAUUCAUCCCCCUCCCUUCCCCUUUGUUUUGUUUUGUUUUUGUUGCCUUGCAUGAAUAAUUAUAUUGUUGUACAAUGUGGCUUUUAGUGCAAUAACAUACAUCAGUUGCGUUUAUGGCCAUGUAUAAUUUAUCA